GCUUAGUGAAGUGAUCGUCUACUGCUAAAGAUCAGCAUGAGGUACACUCCUCCCAUACAGCAACACCUUCCCUGGUGGUUUGACACUGAUAGCGUGACUUCCUCUUUCCAAAGCUUCCAUUGUGGUCUCUGUCGUCGAAUGAGUGUUUAUGUUUUGACUGUACAUGCCUGCAUUCGAACACCCAUGUAAACAUGCAGUGGACUUCGGUGGUUUAUGGAGUGUUGAUGAUUGGUUCCAGCUUCUGCUCCAUUUUGGGGAACUUGCUACUACUUUUGGUGGUGUCACUCAACCAGAACUUGCAAACGGACACCUGGGUUUUCACACUGAGCUUCAGUCUAUGCGAUCUGGCGUUGGGCGUCUCCACCAUCCCUUUUGGUAUCCACAACAGCCUUUUCCAAGUGAAGAGCUACCCCAGCAAGAGUGCCACCUGCAAGGGCAGCGCCUUUCUGUUUUUGCUGCUCCAGCUCGCCUCCAUCCAUUCCCUCACCUGGGCCACUGUCGACAAGUUCACAGAGAUCUGCUUCGCCCUCAGCUACCCGGUGAUCUUUACAUCGCACAGGGCCAAAAUCAUCCUCGCGAUAGUGUGGGUCUACAGCAUCCUCAACGCAGCUCUGCCACUUUUCGGUUUCGGCAGUUACGUCUACAGCGAGACGAAGUUCCUCUGCGUUCCCAGCUUCAAACCGUCCAGCAUCGCCUUCAACAUGCUCUUCAUGGUGUUGGGAAUAAUCAUUCCCAUUGUACUGAUGUGCUCCAUGUAUGGAUAUAUAGUGCACAUAGCUAGGAACCAGGCGCGAAGAGGGACGUUUGUUUGCAACGAAGACCACUGUUUCUAUGUGCCAGCCAAUAACUACUUCAAAAGCUCCAUAGUAAUGGCGGCAACCAUCGUGUGCCUUCUUGUUUGCUGGCUUCCAUACAUUGUUAUCUGCUUCUAUGAGACACUGACGGGAAGAGAGAGCCCACAGCCUGCCUCGACUGUUGCCACAUGGCUUGUCCUUUUCACUUCAGCUCUCAACCCAUGGAUCUACUCCAUGUCUCAAAUGAGAUACAGAGUUGCGUUGCGCAAAAGCCUGAAUAAAAUCCGACAGAUGUUUGACUAUCCUCGUAAAAACUCUCUCUCCCAGUGCACAACCAUACAGCCCCGCCGCAAAAGCAACAGCUUCUCUUUGCCAGCUCCCGGUGAUCCUCCGGCACUACAAACAAACAACCAACCCCAACAGGACCUCACGCUGGUUUGAGCACGACCCUUCCUGACCUUUGCUGAAUGGAAUAGUGUAGAAAUAAUUAUGACUUAAGGAAGCAUCUACAGCAUCGUUUCACCACAGCAGAAGAGGACACUGGGUUGGCGGAGCUCACCAGAAGCGAUUUAUGACGCAAGCAGACAAAAGGAACCUUGUGCGAUAGUCUACAGGACUUUCGCAUCAAAAAGAUGUAUUGUGUUGCAUUGUAUUAUUGAUAGUGAUUCACUUUUUUUCUAAAGGAAUUCUCAAAGGACAAUGCAAUGUGAUUGUGAAAAAAGCUCUCUCUAAAAUGUUCA